AUGGGUGAUAUCGCUUCGGUUCAUUCUCACCUAUUCCAGGAGGGACUGCCUCAUUGGCUUCAGAAGAACCGCUUUAAUAAAACCGACUUUUCGAUACCUAAAUUAGCAACAAUUGUUGAUGAGAAACAUUUGAAAGUGACCGUGUUGAUCCCCGCCAAGGAAGUUGCAGCUACGAUAGCCGAGGUCAUCAAGAAAGCCGUUCGCCCAUUAAUCGACGCCGGUGUUGUUCACGAAGUAUUUGUGAUUGACGCAGCAUCCCACUGGCGGGUGAAUUUGCAGCCAGGCGAAGUCUCGUUGAAAAAACUCCAUUUUCCUGUGGGGUACGGAGUUGAGAUCGGGACCUUGAUCGAUGCAUACCGUCUUGUCGGUCUCAGUGCUCUUGCAGAAGUCGAUGUUGGGCAGAGACAAAACUUCCAUAGGCCUCUUCGGGACCUUACGACCAUGGCAGGCACUAUCCUAGCGACUGCAGAAAUGCGUCUUGGGAAGGGGGAAAUCUGGCACGGAAAGGAUGUUUAUACCAUGGAUUAUCGAUCCAGCCAAGGGAGUCAUCCAUGUCCACCAAUUGUCGUUGUGGAGGGGGUUCGCAUGUUCCGCGACAUUGGCGGUAGUCCUGUGUCAGGUCUACGAAAGGGCUUGGUCUUUCGCAGUGGCGACCCAUCGACAAUGACCCAGCUUGGUUUAGCGAAAGUACUUGAGCUGGGAAUUGAGAAAAUCUUCGAUCAACGAAGCCCUAUUGAGUUCGAAGGUCACCAUUCAGUCCAUGGAGCGAGCCAUCAGUCUAUGUUGGCACAAGAGACCUCGCCUAUAUACCCCCUGACCGAUAUUGUGAUGUUGGGAUCCCUCGAGUGGUCGUCCCUGUAUUCGCAGAUGAAGAAUGGCACCAAGACCGGCGAAACUCCCGUCUUCGCCAGCUAUGCCGAAGCAUACAUGCACGUUCUCCGUUCAGGCGCAAUAUCUUUUCUUCCUAUUUUCCACCAUCUAGCCCAGCCAAAGCCUUCGCCAAUCCUGGUACAUUGUACCGCUGGGAAAGACAGAACCGGUGUGACUUCUAUGCUGAUAAUGCUUCUGGCUGGCUUCAGUCAUGACUCCAUCGCCGAUGCAUACGCUCUCAACAAUCUGGACAGCAAGCGAACGUGGGGGGUUCAGGCUACCAGGAGGCUUCUGGCACAACCAGGAUUACGUGGGAACAUUGAUGCUGUUGAGAAUAUCGUGCGCGCGCAGAAUUCAUACAUGCUGGCGACAUUGCGGAGGUUUCAACAGGAGAUUGGCACUAUCGAUGCUUAUAUCAAGAGCUUCUUGAAAUGGACGAUAGCACGAAUGGUGGUAUCAAGACAAACCUGUUGA